AGAAAAUCGCGAAAUCCCCCCCGAAGUUUUGAAAAAAAUUCGAUCUCUCUCUCUCUCUCUCUAUGUCGGCGAAAACCUCACGUUAUUGAAUUGAUCUCUGCGGAGUUGAAAGAGAGAUUCGUUGGUAACAAGUACCGGAGAGCAGCAAACAAUAUCACAUCGUCCAGCAAUGUCUUUUCAGUCUUUGUUCCCCUCGUUACUGCUCGGGACAUCAAAUUCUUCGCAUCCCUCCACGCUUACAAGUUCCUCAAGCAUGAGCUCAUAUAGAGCAUCAGAUAGACCACAGUCUCCUUCCACUGGGUCGCCUUCACCUGAAGCUGCGGGAAUAAUUGCUCACUUGAAGGACAAAAGUACUGACGAGCUGAGGAAGCUUUUAACUGACAAAAAUGUAUACAAAGCCUUUUUCAAUUCACUCGAUCUUGUAAAGGACCAGCGCAAUCUAAGCCGGGAACUUCAAGAGGAGACGAUGCAGCUUGCUAGUGAGAGGGAAAACUUGGAGAAGGAAACUCGCAUGUCAGAGCUCCGAAACCAGUGCAUGAUCAUCCGGACAACUGAGCUUGCUGAUGCACAAGAGAAAUUAAAAGAACUGGAGAAGCAAAAGGAUGAAAUCUUGAGGUUCUAUUCUCCUUUGUUGAUGCUCCAGAGCUUGCAAGAUGCAAUGAACAAAGAUGAAGAGGAAUCAGAGACUCUACACAAAAAGCUCCUUGAGAAAGAGAUUGACUUGACUACUUUCUUACAAAAGUACAAUAAACUUCGUAAUGAUUAUCACAGAAGAGCCCUUGUCCAUCUUGCUGCAAAAACAUCUGUUAUGUGACGAAUGCUUGUAUUAGUUAUAUGACCAACUAACCCUGAUUUUCCUUGAAGCAAUGAUAAAGGUUUAGGUUGAUCUUUUUUGUGUUUGCUGUCUAUCUCAAGUUAAGAAAUUUGGUGACC